AUGGAAGCAGUCGACAACCUCGUGGAACGAGCUCGACACCUAUCCCUACACCAAACACACCCCUUCGACUCAUUCCACUCAACAACCGAUUCUCACCUACAGAAGAUCUACGAGUCGCUCAGCAGCGGGGAAAAGGACUUCCUCUCCCACAUUCAGCAUGAGUCGCAUCCAGAUGGCCAGCCAAUUGUGGAUCCUCUCACUUCGUUGGACGCCUUUCGGGCGUACAUGAUGGGCGUAGCCUCGUCUGCCCAGGCCCAGGCCUCGGAGCCGGAUCUUUCCGCUCCUAUUUCGGAUUAUUUUAUCUCGUCGAGUCAUAACACGUAUUUGACGGGGAACCAGUUGUAUAGUGAUGCUGCAGCGAGUGCGUAUACUUCGGUCCUGCUGCAAGGCUGCCGCUCUGUGGAAAUUGAUGUAUGGGACGGGGAGCCCCAUACUCCAGUCUCAAGCGACGGUGCAGCUAGCGGCGACAGUAACAGUGACUCAGGCAGCGAUGAGGGCCAAAGUGUUGGUGGAAAGAUCAAGCACAAAAUCAAGUCCCAGACUGAGAAUAAGGAAAAGGCCGCGAAAGGCUUGACGAGGCUGGGAGAUGCAUUGCGCCGCAAAUCCAACAAAGCUGCUCCUAAAACAGCGACCAACACAGGUGCCAGUGGAGAUGCAGCACCGAGCCAGGGAGCUAUCAAAGGCGAACCUCGUGUUCUGCACGGACACACCCUGACCAAAGGCACAUCGCUCCGCGAAAUCUGCUAUGCUAUCCGCGACAGUGCUUUCGUCGUGAGCGAUCUACCGGUAAUCAUCAGCUUCGAAGUCCAUGCGAACUUGGAACAGCAGCAGAUCAUGGUUGAUAUUAUCAAUGAAGCUUGGAAGGGGUUGUUGGUGGAUGUGCCGUUUGAUGCUGUCCCGGAAAAACUACCGGCACUGGGGGAGUUGAAGAGAAAGAUUUUGAUCAAGACCAAGUCGACUCCCAUGAAAGCUGCCGAAGAGAAGUCCGACGUCCUUGAAGCUACCGAAAACACCGAGCCGGUAGAAGGUCGGACUCAAAAGCCAGCUAAGCCGUCCAAGGUGCUUGAGGCUUUGGCGAAGAUGGCCGUCUAUACUCGGGCGUAUCAUUUCAGUAAUUUUGAUCAACCAGAGGCGAAAUCUCCAUUACACGUCUUCUCCCUUUCGGAAACGGCAGCACGCGAGGCACAAGACACCCACCGUGACGCACUAUUCGAACACAACCGGUCCUCCAUGAUGCGCAUCUAUCCCUAUGCGCUCCGGGUCACAUCAUCCAACCUCGACCCAUCCUUCCACUGGCGCCGAGGCGCUCAACUCGUAGCACUGAAUUGGCAGAAUCUUGACAAGGGCAUGAUGCUGAACCACGGCAUGUUCACCGGCACACGGGGCUGGGAACUAAAGCCUCCUGGAUACCGAAGUGCCCAGCCUGCAGCUCAAAUCAUAAUCCGCACUCUCGAUCUGACGUUGGAGGUAUUCGCAGCGCAAGACUUAUCCCUCCCACAGAACGACCACGUCGAGAAAUGGUUCCGUCCAUACGUGAACUGCCAACUGCACGUCGAGGAACCCGAAAGUCCCAUCGCCACAGGCAAAGAUGACGCAAGCUCAGAAUCCGAGAAGAGCAGCUACCGCCGCUGCACGAAGAGUUCAUCCGGCCGAAAUCCCGAUUUCAAAGGCCAAAAAUUGAUUUUCCCGACUGUGGCGGGCGUGGUGGAAGAGCUCAGCUUCCUCAGGUUUAAAAUCAAAGAUGACGAAAUCGGUCGCGAUGCGCUGGCUGCGUGGGCUUGUAUUCGGCUCGAUCGCCUGCGUGAAGGGUACAGACUGGUGCAUCUCCAUGAUGUGACGGGGGAGAAGACAGGGGACCUUCCGGGAAUUUGCAGUGAAACGUGCAGGAUUUGGGUCUGGUAA